GUGAGUCACACUGACGGUAAUGUUGCGUUUGGCUUGCACACAAGGCGAGUAAGAGGGAAGCAACAUGUGCAAAGUACAAUAACUCCAACUCAUCAGCACAGCGAGUCAGCCUACGGCCACGACAUCACACGACGAAGAUUGGAUAUAGACACCGAGGAGACUAUUCUAUUAACCGGCACCAUGAAGAGAGAGGUGAAGGCCGGAGUCAACUUCCUGAAACGUCUGGCUGUAGCACGUGGCAAACUUGAUGAAGUAAAAGCGCAGUUGUUUGCCGAGAAGCUGCAGAAACUGUUAUUGGACAAGUUUGAGACGCACUGGUACCCAGACUCUCCAAGCAAAGGACAGGCGUUCAGGUGUAUCCGGAUAAAUAACAGAAUACCCUAUGAUGAGGCGCUCCUCAAGGCAUGUGAGGAGAGUGAACUCACACCCAGUGAUCUCAGUCUUCCCCCGGAGAUCACCGUGUGGAUCGACCCACUGGAGGUGUGCGCUAGAUCCGGAGAGAAUAGCCGGCCAUUCACAAUAGCCAGUUUCAACGAUGACGAAGAGCAAGAGGAGGGUGCGAAGGAAGGAAAUGAGGUCCUGGUGAACAUCGACACUUCAGAUUAUCACUCUGCUACAUCAUCUGACAGCGGUUCUGCAGCAUCAAGCGACACAGAGGAGGAGGCAAAGGAUGGUGAGACAGAAAGAGAGCCAAAAAAAGAGGAGACAGUCAAGAAGCAGGCAGCGGGGGGCAACGUUAGAAUAACAAUGGUGCCCAGGAUUCGGACUCGCCAGAGAGAUGGGCAACAAAAAGUCAAAUAUGGCACAAACGUGGCUCCUGCAAACCCACAGUAUUUCUUCCACCCGGCACCAGUGUGGCCCCACCAGUACAAACACAGCGCAACGGUGUUCCUCACCGCAGUUUGUCCACCCACAGCUCCACCACCCCCACCUCCACCCCAGCAAGUCUUUGGCUACUAUAUCUUACCGCAGCCACCUCCACAGUUCAUCCUUCCUCAUGCCACUUCACCGUCGUGGGGAUCUGUGAGGGGUUAGAUGGCCGAACCGUGCCCCCAAUGCAGCUAAACUAGAAACAGAAGACAGCUUUUCCAUUAUUGUCACAUUUUUUUCCAAAGUUAUUCCUUGCACAUUGUGUAUGUGUCUGCCCUUUUUUUUUUUUAGAACAUUUUUUCAUUUUUUUCUGUUUGGUGUCAGUGAAAUAUUCUCAGCACAGGUACUGCUGAUAACUAAGUUCUUGCUGAACUUGGUGCGAAUUUCUAUGGGACCUGUCAAAUCUGCACUGCUAAUGUUCAUACAAUGUGAGGCUACAAUCACAAGGUGCCUGUACAAGCUCAGGAAAUCUCUGCAAUACUUUAUGCCAAAUAAUUGUCUUUUUCAGGUGGUAUUUUUUUGUUUUCCACAAAUGCUGCAAGGUAGCGGCCCACUGUGCACACAUCAGUAAUUAAUCCUUGUAAAAAUGUGAUUGGGGGUUUUAAUCUCUUGUAGUUACACUAUCUGUAUAGUACGAAGAAAUUAAUUUUACUAAAUAGCCUGUAAAUAGUAACGAAACUGGAUAUGUAGAACAGACUGAUUUUCACUUUUUAGUAUUGCUAUUUUCUUGUUAAAUUGUAUUUGGCCACGAGUGAAGUGUGACUGAAAUAUUAAUUGUAUAGUUUUUUCACUAACAGUAGCUGCUGUAUAUUGCUAAUAUAAUGUGUAUAACGAUUUCCUUAAGCAUUUUUACUGUAAAUUAUUAUCCAUAGCCAUGAAAUGAUACCAGGCUUUAAGGAUUAUAAAGAGGUGCCCACCGAUUCCUAUAUGCUGUGAUUCAUGUUUUAAUAUAUUUUAUUUACUGCCUAUGCAGCAACCUGUUUGCUUUCACUUUAAUAUUUCUCUCUAUUUGGAAUUUCUGUCUUCAAUGAUUA